GCCUUCUUUGCCUUUUCACUGCUCAUUCCGUUUUCCUGUUCAUCGUCAUUGCCUCCAUUCACUUUCAUCGCCUCAUCCCUCGGUGCUCUUCGUCUUCACAACCACUUCGCACUCUCUUUUUAAGUAGGACAGAUUUUUUCUCCUUCUUCCUUUAGUGCAACCGUCGUUCGGCUCUCGAUUGCAUCUUCAGCCCCUUCUUUGUACACAAGUCCACUAAAUACACUCGCAUUCUUACAUCGACACAUGGAUCUGUUAAUCUUGGCAGGUGCGGCAGCCGAGGCUGUCAGUCAGGUUCUCGUAGUGGUCGGCUGUGGCGUGGUCCUUUCGAGGUCAGGAUAUCUCUCCCAGUCGGCACAGAAGUCAAUAUCCAAGGUGAACAUGUACUUCAUGACGCCCUGUCUGCUCUUCUCCAAGAUCGCCUCGGCCAUCAAUUGGACCCAGUUCAAGGCCUUCUGGCCCAUACCUGUCUUCUACGUCUUCUUCUCUGCCGUCUCCUGGAUCGUCGCCAAGGCCGGGUCGCGUCUCUUUAGGUUCUCCAAGGAUGAAGAAAAAUUUGUCACUGCCUCGGUCCUCUUCUCCAACACCAAUUCAUUGCCCAUGGCCCUUCUGAUGUCCCUGGCAUACAGUGGUGCUGGAGAUCGGCUCAUGAGGGACGAGAACGAUACCAGUGAGGAUGUCGCUGCCAGAGGCAUCUCCUAUAUCCUCUUCUAUGCCAUCUUUGGAAACCUAGUCCGGUGGUCUUAUGGAUUCACUUUGCUGGUGCCCCAAGAUAAGAAGCGCGAGCCCGAGGAAGCAUCGGACCGGUCACUGCCCGCGCCCUCUGUCCUCAUCAACGUCGACAUGCCGCCCUCCAAACGCGGCCAAUCAUCAAUGCUCACAGCGCCCGCAUCCGACCAGGCAUCCUCCUCGUCACAUCACUCGGACACGGACGAAAGCGAUCCAACUGCAAACCCUAGACUUAACAAGAGCCUCGCUGCUCCACCUACCUGCUCCCUCACUUACCUCGCCGUACCUCCUCGUUUACGUUCGCCCGCCAUUUCCGCUAAAAGCAUCUCCGAGUCUAUUCUCAUGAAGACUGCUACAACGACCUACGAGCGAGUACGUCAGGUGAUGACGCCACCACUCGUGACCGCGCUGGUCGCCCUGUUCAUCGGACUCGUCCCGGCGCUCCACCAUCUCUUUAUGAGCCCACAGUCGAUCGUCUACCGGUUCUUGAUCCGCCCAAUCGAGAGCUGUGGUGCUUCAGCUAUCCCCAUGAUCCUCCUCUGUCUUGGCGCUCAGGUUGUGUACUUUGCAUCCUCGUCUUCCUCCUCUAAUUCAGCCCCAUCGGCGCCGAUGAAAAGCCAGAGGCCUCGGGCAGAGUCUCCGCCUGCGAGGACUGAACUGGGCAUCUACUCUAAAGCCCAAGACGACGAGGAUCAGAGGAGAACAGGAGGAUUCCCCGCACAGUCCAAUGAGACAUACGGCCAAGGUAUCGCGUCCGCUCGCUCGAACGCUUCAUCCUCUGCCACGCUUCUACACUUCAACCAUCCCGAAACGAAUCUUCAGAGUACUCCGCGUUACGGAUCCGUCCCCUUGACCGCUUCCGACGCUUCGGACAAUUACGAUGGCAACGACGACGACAGUGAUGAGGAUCAGGACGAGGCCCUGCCGCUUCUCAAGUCCUCCCCCGAAUCGGCUUCCCAACCACACUACCGGAUCCGCUGGAUCACCCCUAUUCCCUUCAUUCUUUUCACGCGACUUCUCCUCAUCCCUGUGGUCUGCUUGCCCGCAGUCAUCUUCCAUCCUGAGAGUCUUUCGCCCAUCCUGGCUACAGACCCGACAUUUUCUUUGGCCCUGAUUCUGAUCAUGGCAGCGCCCACGGCUAUCAAUCUAACCCAGCAAUGCUCCAUCAAGGGCUUCUUCGAGAAGGAGAUGGCCUCCGUGCUCUUCUGGAGCUAUUGCGUCUUUGGUAUCCCAUGUAUCCUCGGAUGGUCUCUCGUCGGUCUCUGGGCUGCAGGCAGAGAGUAAUCAUCAGACCUCCUUCGUACCAUGAAUUGUAAAUAGUUCACUUUGUCGAGAUUGAAUAAAACCGCAAAAAUAAUUACGCG